AUGGCCGACGGGACAGUAGGCGGUUCCUUUUCCAACAUGGACAAUAGUCUUACUGUUCAACUUGACUUCGAUGGCCUUGGCGAUGUGCAUAGUCUGUUUUCAUCUCCAGCCCCAAGUGGUUUUACAGAUUUGUUUGCUGCUUCAGAUCAUGGUAUCGCGUUCUUCCCCCAAAAUACCCCCGAUGCCGCACCGCAAGUUGUCUUGCCUUCUAUCUCGUGCAAGCAGGUGGUCGUUUCACAAUAUGAUGUGAAUUUGGUGGGUUUGGCUGUGUCGACUGCCAAUGAGCUCUACUAUUUUGAGGGAACCAGGGCCAAGAAAGGCUCAUCCAGUAUCUCUUGGUUGGCGUCUGGCCUGCCCAUACGCGCUGAUGUGCUCGAAAUAUCAACUCAGUACAACGUGGCUUCCGGUUCUACGGAACUCAUCUAUAUCACCAACAGCGAUAAGACUGUCAAACACCUUUACCUCACCCCUCAAUCAUUUCUUUGGCAGGAGCAUAUUAUUGCCGUUCGGCCUGCAGAUGGUCAACCUCCAUCGCUUACUUAUGCCGCGCACGUAACGUCUAUUCACCCAUUCAGCUCUGUUACGGGCAGUUCCCUCGGAGCUGACUACCCUCUGAGUAUUUCCAGUGAGUGGGCUUACGUCACAAUCAACAAGAGCACAUAUACUCUCAACACUGCAGAGCCCAUUUCCGUGGUCACCGACAAUUCAGGUUCCGUCAACAUUGUGCAGCGAAUCAAUGACUCUAUCGCCUGUCCACAUUACACCGUUAUGUUAAGCCAGUUUGGUACCACCGCAUCUGUUUCAGUUGACCCAACACAGCGCAUCUCAACGCAGCUGCCAAAAUACAACACUGCGGCAUCACUUCAGAAUGCAACGACCACUGACGGCAGGCCAGUCAAGUUCCCGGAUACCACCAACUUUGACGCUGCAGCCAGCGUUCUGGAUAAGUUCAAGACUGUACAAAACACAGUCUCCAACACGACAGUCAACGCUUUGGCGGUGAAUAAUUCUACCGAGUCUUUUACUCUAAAGGAAAAUGGAGUGCUCGAGAAGGACGGUGGUAGCUGGGUCACAGACGUCGUUACAGACAUUGAGUCCUUCUUUGGUGAUGUCUGGGAAACCAUAAAGUCAGGUCUGUCGGCGGGGUUCAAAUUUGCAAUGAACGUAUUGAACGGAGCUGUUUCGAUCCUGGUAUCUAUUGCCGGCAAGGUCUUCCGCUUCGUCAUCACCACUAUGGUUGAAGCAAUCCGCUCGUUUGCGGGAUUCUUGAAGUCCGCACUGGGAAUCGACAUUACGGGAUUUCUUGAUUGGCUUGGCUUCAUUUUUGACAUUGACAAGAUAUUGGAAACUCAAGUUACUGUUAAUAAGGCCAUCGGGUCAGGCAUAGACUUCAUUAGCUACAGUGUCGAAGCCUUGCAACCAGUCAUUGUCCAAAUGUUUGACACUAUUAAAUCCCAACUCGAACAGUGGAUACCGGACACGAGAGAAGUACCUCCGAAUACCGGUGAGACGAACUUCUUCACAAAACUGAUUGGUUUCAUCUUCGACAACCCAAUUGUCAAACUGCUUGGCCAGUUCAAUCCUCUCGGCUGGGUCAUGAAACAAGCUGACGAUAUUUUCGGCGACGUGAUCCAACUACCGGAUUUGUCUGGUCUAAUUGGAGUCAUCAUGGCGGCAGUUGGGAAGACCUUUGACGAAGAAGUGACGAAUAUCGUCAAAUUGCUUUCCGAUGUUAUGCAAAAGUUCACGUCGGUCUUCAACGGAAAGACCACUGCGUUCACAGCAAUCGGUCAGCUUCUGGGUGAUGCAUUUUGGACCCUCCUGGACGCUGUCAAGAUUAUUAUUACGAAUGUCGUGGAAGUCAUACCGAGUAUUAUGGCCGAAUUUUGGAAAGUCCUGACCUCGCCCAUAAAGCUACCCAUAAUUUCGACACUUUGGGAAGCAUUCGUCGGCUCUGAUACGCCUUUGAGCUUCCUCAAUGCCUUGACAAUAAUUCCUUCUUGGGUCCUGAACAUCUACUCAGGAACUGUGUUUGGGAAGAUGCCGUUCGACCCAAGCGUAUUUGGAAAUCCGGAUGAGUGGUUCCCUUCGAAAGACCAAGUCAAUACCUGGCUGCGACCCCGUUCUUCCCCUCCAAUGAAAUUCAGGGCCUCGGCCAUGCCAAAGUCCGAGAAUUCAACAAAAUCAGACUCAAACAGUUUACUGUUUGCCAGUCUGAACGAGACAACAACAAAUUCGGAAACUGCAAAUGAGAUCAGUGGAUUUCAGAGAAUGCGGAAGCCAAUGUUAAUCGAAACGCACUUGGACCUCCCGGCACAGAACACGAGUUGCGGGACAUAA